AUGGCGGACGAAUCGGUUGCCGUUCCAGUUUGGUGCGAUGUUGGUGUGAACUUGAAUGCAGUUUCUUUCGUAAUAAGCUUGGGAUGUUUUACAAAGGGAACAAUAACAUGUAGUUCAAAAUCGAAGCUAAUUGUUCGAAUCUGCUCACGAGAAUUGAGCUGUUGCUGUUACAAAACUGACGACAAGACAUGGCGAGCUUUGGAGAACACGUUGCAGUUACCAGGUAACGAAGUCCUACUGCGGUUCCUUCAGCGAAGCUUUAGACUACAGGGAAAACUUUUCAAACGAAAGCAAUUGUUACAGUGCGACUACACGAACCGAGGCCACCCAGACAAAAAUUCAGACAUUUUUAAAAUUAGCCAAUCACAAGUCGAGAUUUAAACAAUGAAAUUUCGCAUAGUUUCGUACUCAGAGCCAGUUCAAAAUACGCUGUGAGCCAUUUUUCUAAAGGAUAUACAAUAACAGAAUAUAUAUUUUAGGAAUCAUGACGUUUGUGUAAAAUCAAGGUGAAAAAUGUUUAGUCAAUGCCUAGGUUGGCUGAAAUCAAAGCCAACACCGGUAAAGAAAUUUUGAACAAUCCAACCUAAGGCGACGGCCACUCACCAAAGAUCUUAUUAUUCGAAGGAAUUACUAUCUUGGCAGACCUCUUAGGAAUCAGAUGUUUUCUCAAAUGAGUUGCAAAGGUCAUGCUUUGUGAUUAGUGGAUUUCGAUCCGAAGUUGUUUCUGUGGUUGUUUACCAUUUACUAAAAGUUUCCGGAGAAUCUGGGUGGAAAGUAAAUAGAACGCCCCUUUCUGGGUCAUUCCAGUGGAAAAUUUCUGGGAGCAACAGAACAUGUGAAAAGUCCGUUUUUCCAGAUGCAAUAUUCCAAGUGGAAAUUUGUGUUCCAUUUCUUCAAAGCCAUCUUUGAUACCAGUUUCUGGCCUUCAUGGUUGUUUUCUGGUAAAUGGAACUGGUUUGUACAAUAGUAAACGCGAUUCUGGGAUGAAAUUUAUAAGUACUGAAGUUUGCGUACCAUAAACCAUGGACGAACUGGUUUGCCAAAUGAAUGUCAAUAGGACAAUCACAUGACUUUUAUACCCGCCAACUCUCACGCCUUAGGCGUGAGUCUCAUGCCUGCGGGUUGAAAACUUCGAUCUCACGCCGGCUCACGCUUGCGGACUAAUUUCUCACGCCUGAUUGAAAAACGUGAGUUGUUGCUGUCUUGCUUGACACAAUUUCCAAAAAUAUGUUAACUCAGACCCAUGUAAGGAAGGAAAACCAUGUGUAAAAUGAAUAAAUGACGAUACCCUCCUCGCGAUCUCUGAUUUUUGAAGUGAAAAGCACUGGGAGCGAGCUCGCGUUUAAACGCGUCGUAAGACUGGGACUCGAUAACUUCGCCUUCGGCAAACUUCGGACGUCUUCGAAAGACUUCGGACGUCUUCGGAACACUUCGGACUUCUUCGCACUUCUUCGGACUUCUUCAGAACUCUUCGGGGAUUUUCGGAAAUGAUCGCGUCAUCUUCAAAAAUCCAAGCACUCCCAGGAUAAAAAUCUCACGCUUAUAUCUCAGAAAAAGUUGGCAGGUAUAGACUUUUGGACGGAUCCUCUCGGGCGCAAAUGAUGCUAUGAGGGGCAUAAAUAAACUAUAUGCCUGACAAAAGUUAUGCGAUUAUCAUUAUUAUCAAUACACAAGGCCAAAUCAUGCGAAUUAAUUUCAUAUUAGGAAAGAUUGUUUAACAUGAAUCAUGUUGCGGGCUGCAAAUUCCAUUUAUAGCCUGCACUUUGCUGUUUGGCCCGCGAAAAGGAGCGUUUUAGAGAGGGCAGUUUGUCAUUUGGCCGCAUGUAGUGGUAAUAAUGGUAAACAACCAGUGUUUCAUUAGGUUUGUUGCUUGUGAUCUUUCGAGUUUGGGGCGAUCACCGCAACUAGUUUGCUUUGAAGAUGUUUUCUGAUGUUUCUCAUUCUUGCCACUUGCCUCGUUCCCUGGACAAAAAUUCCACUGACCCUGGCGGUUUCCUUCGCUAUUCUGUUGGCUAAGCUGGGCGAGUGAGUAUGUACUGUAAUUUGCAUUGCAUGUAAUCGGCCCCAUAUAUUUGUUGAUAGUGCUCUCAAAUCACAGACACUAUGAUUUUCUUGCUGAGCACCAUUUGCCACCUUAAGUUCGGAUUUCUCAAAUUUUUUCUUUGGCUUUCAUCAGAGGGCCAAUCCUGCCCACCAGAAACAAAACCCACAGAAAAUCAAUGUGUGUUUCAUGACCCCUCUGCAGGCUUUUAGCCAGACAUUGAAAACUGGCUGUCCAGACAGCAUGUUUUCCCAUAAAAGUAUACGAGAUUAAGUGAAUGUUCCUUGUAUUUCUUCCACAAAUGGAUGGCUGGACAGCUGGACACCCCUCUGGCUAAAACCUUGCCCUUCUGUGUGAAACAAGUGGCAAAAAUCACAUUGGUAACUCAGAACUGAGAACCUUCCAGAGCAUAAUGUAGCUGCCAGAAGAAAAAAUUUUAUUGGAACAAGCAGCAGCAUUUUAAGCAUUGUAGUUAAUUCUUUGACUUUGUCUGUUUCUUCUUGUAAGCAGACUUCUUCUCAUGGCUUUCUUGCGGAGGGAAACAGUAUUUGAGUCCUCUUCAGACAAAUUAUCCGCUUAUCCUACGCUUGCGAGUAGGAAUGCCAACUUCAAUUUCUUGAACUGGAAUGCACUCAUCAGGCUCAUCUAAAAUACUGAUGCCAAAAUCUAGACACCUGUAAUUGUCUCUCGAAAUGGACAUGUUGAAUAUUCACCAGUUGCCAUUACAAUGCUCUGCAUUGUUUGCUUUGAGGCAGUCAGCUGUGGACUUAAUGACGUUUCAAACAAUAGAUUGAAAUGAGCAGACUUCCCAGGAAUUAGACUUCCGUUUAAUUACAAUCUCUAAAAAUAACUUAAGUCAGUGAAAUUCACACAUCCCAGCCAAUACCUUUAAGAUUCCCUCUCUGUCCCAUUAUGGCUCUUGCCAAAACAUAUUCACAAGGAAAGUCACUGACAUUCACAUUCCUGCAUCCCUGUAUUUGACUUCCUGUGUCCCUGUCCCACACGUCUCAGGGUUCCAUACUUGAUGUCCCCAAGUCCCUUGUCUCGGGUCCCCAAGUCCCAAGUCCCCACACACGCAUCCCAAUGUCCCUGUCCCAGUUUUAUACAAAAUGUACACAGCCUUUGUGUAGGUAUGGGCUGCUGGGACACUGGAACUCUUAGCCUAUACCAUACCUAGUUGGCUGAAUUUUGCUACCCUAAACUAGAUGAAACUGCCAAAAUCUGUCCCUAUCCUAGAGUCACUAUUUUCCAGAAAUAAGUUGAGAGGACUGAGUUGCAGGUAAAUAAAUUAAGAUUUAUCGAUUUGACUUAUUUUGACGUUUUAAAGCUAGUCGAGCCAUUUUCUGGUCACUGACUACAAAGAGCUUUUAAAAACACUUAAUACCAUUACAUUUCUACAUACGCUUCAUGGCUUUCUUAUUCAGAUGCAGAAUAUUAGCUUUCCAAGUUUUGGCAUGCAGGGGUUUAAAAGGGACACCGCAGUCUUUUUUCUUUCUACUUUCUCUCCUUUCCUCUUCUUAAGCUUUUCUUGCCUUAUUUUGUGGGAACAGUUUUAGGGAAUACUUGAUAUGACUUCUGAUAAACUUCUAGAUUUCCCAUCCAAGAUGCCUUGUACUUGCUCAUUGUACAACAAAUGGAGAAUUUAAAGAUUACAGUAAAAGCCCACAUAUAAGAACCUAGAAUUUUCGAGGUCAGGCUAAACAGGUUGUCACUUAUAUUAUAGAGUAGUUUUUCUCAAUUCAGGCUGAUUAGAUUCUUAUUUUUCAGAGGUUGUCGUAGUGUAACAAUUGGCAGAAGUAUUGUACUACUAAUAAAUAAUGGUUUAUGAGAAAAAAAUUUCCAGUGAAAGUCCAAACAAGUGUAAAUCAAAGAAAUUAUAUACACCAUAACUCUUUGUCAGAAGUUUCUCACACAAUUAAAAUCCAGAAUUUUAACCAUCAAAAUUGGAGUGAUUUGUUUGUCUAAGAAACUAUUUUUCUUUUCUGGGCUGAACAGGUUCUUAUAUUUUUGUGUAUUUAAAUGCCCAAUUUCAGCCUGUAGGUUCUUAAUUUACUAGGUUCAUGUAUGUGGGCUUUCACUGUAUAUCAAAAGCCACUCAGGACCUUAUCCCACAUAAGGCUGUACCUGUUAUUAUUUGUUUAAUAAUUUAUUGAUAAACAGUAAAGGUUAACAAAAGUAAUAGAUAAUAACUUGUACCUUCUAGCUAGAUUCAGCUUGAUUCCAAGGUCAUGUACUGGUCUGUCAGCAAGCUCAGGAACUGAGAUUCAAAUGAGGCUUCAUUUCCAAUAUUGUAAAAGUGAUUCCCCAGAGAAAGUUUCAAAGAGGCACCUUUUAAGGGAAGAAUUGCAGGAAUUAAGGAGUGGAUGCCACAAUGUUUGCUGCCGAAUGUGUGGAUCUGCUGUGUUGUCACCAGAGAGGUAGGUUGAUCUCACUAUUCUAGAGGUUCAAUAACAGGGUAAAUAGAGUAAGAACUUCAGUAUCUUAUUGAAGGUCAAGCAAGCUACUGAUUGAGUACAAGUGUACUGCAGUCAUGAUUAUGAGUUGUGAAUGGGUCAGCAGAGAGAUGUCGUGUAGCAUUUCUCAGAGCUUGGUUUCAAUAGAUUCAAAGUUGCAGUGAACAAAUUGCAAUUUCAAAAUCUCUCUGACCCAUGGAUAAUCACCUUUCUUGGUGAAUAUUAUAUUUUUAAAACGAUUCUUCUCCAAGGAAAUUAAAGAGAGUUCUAGAGUUACCAUCAGAAAAUUGGUUUGAGCUUGCUCAAGACUGGUGUUGCCAUGGCAGCAGUCAUCUGACAUCCCUCACAGGAGUUCUUGACCCAAGUGAAGAUGACUGCUUUGUAGGUGAAUACUUCAUCAGGGUCCAUCCUGCAGCUGCAGAAACUAACAACUUGAAGAUCUUUUCUGUAAGUAGAGAUAAAUAAUAUAAUUAAAAACUGAAUCAUUGGAUAAUGCAAUUCUAGAGCUCUGAUUGGCUUAGCCAUCAUGGUAUAUGAGCCAUUAUAUCAUGCUCUCUAAAUAUGGUAACUGUAUGCCCCUGCUCAAAAUAAAAAACAAGCUGAACAUUGGUUGUUUUUACAAAUAAAGUCAGGAAGAAUUCUCAAUAUUCUGUAGGCUUUUUUAAUGAAACAAUAAAAAAUUAUUAUUUCACUCGUGCUUAUGAUUAUUACGAUGAUGUAUGAUGAUCGUAACCACUCAUAUCCAACAUGCACUUGUGGAAUAAUCGUUGCACUUCUAAAAAAGACUCACGUGGUGGUUGGAUGGUUGCAUCUACGAUAUGACUUAAUGUGACUGCGUGAUGCAGUUAUGAGUCAUACAUGCUUGUCCUGAUUUGACUAUGUGACUGCGUGAUUCAGUUCUAGUCAAAGUCCCACAUUUCACCCUUGCACGCCAUGGAGUCUCCAGUGGCUCAGUGGUUAGAGCAUCUGACUAGAUCACGGAGGUUUGUGGGCUUGAAUCCCAUCUGGGGCUUGGAUUUUUUCCAAGUUUCUACUUGAUGCAAACAAUGUAUCAUGUUCUACUUUUACAAAAAACUCACUUGCAACUUUUUUUUUUGUCCAGGAAGAGGAACAUUACCAAAUCAAAUGUUGUCGAUGCAAUUCUGUACUAGGAAGUGGUAGUACAGAGGAAAAAAGUCAUAGUUCAUUACAUAUGGAAUUACGUGAUUUUAACAGCAUAAAUCUUCAUAAACACAGCAUCAGCUUGAGACACAGUCACUUGUUUAGGUACAGUAUGCUUAAUGUAAUUUGAGAAGAGAUUAACACAGAUUCCAUCAGGAAAUUAAGUUAUUUUAAUUUUCUGUGGUCAAAAACCUUGUACCAGAAUAAUUUAAAGAAUAGUGCAUUCCUUUUUACAUUUUUCAAGGGCUAUAGAAUGAUGUAAUUAGUUAUGUGUAAUAACACCAAAGAAAAUUUCUUAUGGGAGCCCCAGAAAAUAAAUGUCAACUUCACAAAAUGCUAUCUUGCAUAUGAAAUUUUCGGAGUUUGCCCUGUGUUUUCACAAUUCUUGUAAUAACAGAUAACUAAUCACAUCUAUAAUUACAUCUAUUGCCGUUGAAAAAUGUAAAAAAGAAUGCAAUAUUCUUUAAAUUAUUCUGGAAUGAGGUUUUUGUCUGCAGAAAAUUAAAAUUACUCAAUUUCCUGGUGGAUUCCAUCUUAAUUUUCACACUGCAGAAAAGAGAUACAUUGUAUUGUUUAGAUCUUCUAUUACACACAAGGUUGAUGAAGGGGUGGGGGGCAGAAGAUUUUACCCUGCUAUCGUUCUAGCUGUUCAACCUAUUAACUGCUGAUAUAGUUGUACCAGCAACUUGAAAUCUCAGGGACAGCCCUGACAUAACAGGAGAAUUAAUGCAUAAAAUGUGUAUGUGUUGUAGUUAAUUUUUACCUCAGGUAAUUUUUGUUUUUCUUUUGUUUUUAGGUAUGGUAAUGUAUGCUAAUGAAGUUGAAACAAAAGAAAUAUAUAAAUUACCUGAGAUAAAAAAUUAACUACAACAUGUACAUCCCUACUUUUAACAAUAAUUGGAUGAGGUAAAAAGGGUACAAAUGUAUAUUAUGUAUACUUAAUUUUUUAUGCAAUCUCUGAGGGCAAUACUUGUGUUUAAAAGGUUAUGGAGGAUGAACAAUUCAGCUUAGAGAGAAAGGCAACAACAAGAAAAACGGAAAGCGUGAAACAUCUUUCCUCUCUUUCAAGAUCUUACUGCAUCAUCUGCUCACCAGGGAGGUGUCUUUGUACCAUGUGACUGUUUAACUGCAAAGGGCCCAAUAGUGCCGCUUACUCGAAUCAAUGCUGUAUCGGACUUGUAUCUUUAACUUGCAAUGUUGACGAAUGCCUAUUACGUUUUUUUUAUAUAUAUAUAUUUUUUAUUUUAGGUCCUAUUGUACUGAAACUUAUAUUUCUAGUUGUUUAACCUCAAAGUCAAAAGGUGCUGUGAACUUCAGGUUUCUUGUUGAAGAGUCUAUGCAGAAUGGAGAGAAAAGAACGCAUGCAUGUGUAAGUUAUUCUUUGGGAAACUGGGUGAAAAAUCUGUGAUUUUGCGUCCAUAAUCCUUCCGUCCCAUUCGUUUUGUUUGAAUAUCAAACUUAGAAAUGAAGAUGAUGUGAACUGUGGUAAAAGAAAACGAGCGCUAUCAAUACUGAUGACGUGUUAUUACCCAGAUCUGGGUAGUGCUCCUGAUUGGUCGAAUCAAACUUUCCUUGAGGCACGACCAAUCAGAAGCACAACCCGGAUCUGGGUAGUGACGCGUCAUCAGUAUGGAAUUUCCGCGCUUAUUUCUCAGACGUCAUUUCGCGGGAAAACCACGCGUCGAGCUGUCCGCUGUUUCCUCAGGCCGGUAUUUUUGGGUGAGACACUGUCGUGUUUUAUUUUUGCCUCCAUUUGUGGAAUUUACCGAGGCACUUCAAGGUACUUGGUCCAGAUAACUGUGGAAAUGGCAGUUCAGCCAGAAGCAAAUCAAAGGAAGUAAAAACAGUGGCCUCACUUAAUACCUGGUGUAAUGCUUUUUUUUCAUUCUUGCCUCUUGUUACCACUGUUGUCCACCAGAUGGAUGUCUUUCUCCUUGUCAAAGUCAUCAAUCAUACUUAACAUUUUGUUUUAACAUUGAUUUUAUUUCAGCUUUGGCUUUUCAAUCCAGAUACCGCUGUGGUCACAAAUAUUGAAACUUGCAACUUCUAUUGUGGAAAAAGACCUCGUGAAGGUGGGGCAUACUCCAUCACAAAUACAGGUAAAAUGUUUUUUAUUAAACCUGUAAAUGUAUUGAUCCAUUGUAAAUUCUAUAAAGGGAAAGACUUUGAGUCAAUACGGUUCCAUAUUCAAUGUAUACAGAGGAUUAAAAAGACGAUUGGAACUACAGGAAAUUCGCACGGCUGAAACUGGCUUGCUACUGCAAAAGCCUAUAGUCUACUUAUGCCUGCUCCUCCUCCCAAUAGUUCGCACUUUUGUUCGGUUUUUCUAUUUGUAGUCCUCUCUUGUGAAUUGCUGGUUGUAUUGUAUACUUUUUUUCUGCGUUUAUUUCCCUGCUUGUGAUUGGCUAAAACGUUGGUGCCAUUUUCUAUGUCAAAUUCUGCCGGUGUUAUAGGUGAGGUUACUUAUAGGUUUUAUUUCCUUUCAUAAUCAAGCAAAGUUAUCCCAGUAUUCCGAUAUAUAUACGUGACCCGAGGGUUUCCGAAAUAAUGGGAGUAGAUUGUGCUAAGAUCAUUUCAUGUCAGUUAUACCGUAAUUUAUCUGUCAUUCUCACAGCAAAGUACAUGCCCGUAGUGAAGAUUCUUUACAAGGCAAGACCACUGGUUGAUGACAGUAGCUGGUACGUACAAUAAUUUAUCCUCUCUGCAUAUCUGUUGUCGCAUCACGACAUACUAAUUCAUGUAGAGGUUAUUUACCUGGAAAGAAGGGGUAUGUGAGAUAUUCACCUGUUGUCCCCCCGAGUGUGUAGCCUGAGGGGCGGCAACAGGUGAAUAUAUCACAUCACGCCGCCCAAAUAUAUGACAGGAGACGGCAAAAGAUCAUAAUCGACCCCGAUUGCCGAGAACUCUGGUACUGGUAGAACGCAGGCAUGUUACCGAGACGCGGUCAUUAUAUAUGCUGCCAGAAUAUUUUAAAAUUCUUGCUUGGCUCUGAGGCUUGAGGGAAUGAAACAAAAGAAAUGUAUUGUUCAGUGCUGAGCCUCAAGAUGAUUUCUUUUGUUUUAUUCCACUAAGUGUCGGAGCCAAGUAUGAAUUUUAAUAUAUUGAAAUUGGUCUAUUGGUUUUACCACUUUUAUGAGCAAAACAACAGCUCUGUACGUGCAUCACUGCGCUUUUUAGUAUACAUGUAUUUCCUUGACGUCCACUGCUCAGCUACAACGCGGAACUUCCUUUUGCGACCUUUUCUGGAGGACGUGAACACACGAAGGCGAAUUUUCCUUUCAGUUGUUUAGUUGGAUACAGUCCUGUGUUCAUUGUCUGCGUUACUACAAAUAAGUAGUAUUUUUGGUAAACUUAGUCUUUCGCACAACGUUAUCUUUUCUAUACUGGAACAGAAACCAGAUUCUAAGUUACUCGAGGUACAAUGCAUAGAUAAAUAUAUGUAUACAUACUUUUGCAACCACUUCAUGCAAUUUUUGGAGACUAAACCGGAAUUUUUUGUCUAAUAUACACAACAACGACUGCUUAGGUCAAAAGUAAUUCAAGUACAUAAAAAGUAAUUACGGUUGUUGGUCUGAUAAGAAGUUCUGGUAGAGGAAGGACUGUGUAUCCCACACGAACAUCUGACCUUUGAUUUCUCUUUCCUUAUUUUGCAGGAAAGAUGAAGUAUCUUCCUGGGAAGAAAAUCCCUCUGUUGAAGUUCUUACGUUCACAAGGGAGAUUUGUUUACAUCUUAUCCUGCUUCUAUCACAGAGUACGAACACUAUAGCGCCGUCUUUGAGAGAUAUGAACGGGUUUAAGGUAUACAUAAAACAAUGCAUUUUGAAAGCUUCCAUUGAUUAG